AAAUAAACGAAUCCAUCUAAAAUAAUUCGUAUGUAGCAUGUGCUUUGCUACACAGUUAUAUUGCUGAUAUUCGUUUCUUUUAAUUGCGUUCUCGAAAAAUUUGUGACGACGUAAUUCCCACAAUGGCACGACGACCUGAACAUCUUGCUCCACCUGAAAUCUUCUACAACGAAGAUGAGGCUCAAAAGUACACGAACAACACUCGCAUAAUAGAUAUCCAAGUGCAGAUGUGCGAGCGAGCGAUAGAACUAUUAGCACUUCCGGAAGACGACACACAAAUGAUCCUCGACAUUGGCUGUGGCUCUGGCCUGUCCGGAAGUGUACUGGAGGAUCAGGGUCACGUGUGGAUAGGAAUUGACAUUGCAAAAGCCAUGUUGGAUGUUGCAGUGGAACGAGAAGUUGAGGGGGAUUUAAUUCUGGGUGACAUGGGCCAGGGAAUACCAUUCAAGGCUGGUACCUUCGACGGAGCGGUAUCGAUUUCAGCGCUGCAGUGGCUGUGCAAUGCGGAUAAAAAAUGCCAUGUCCCACAAAAACGGCUGUAUCAAUUUUUUACUACGUUAUUCUCUUGUUUGACUCGCAAUGCGCGUGCAGUUUUUCAGUUCUACCCGGAAAACUCCGAACAGAUCGAGCUGAUAACGUCACAAGCGAUGAAGGCUGGCUUUUUCGGUGGCCUUGUAGUAGACUAUCCCAAUUCAGCCAAAGCGAAAAAAUAUUUUCUGGUGCUAAUGACGGGUGGAAUGGCGUCUUUGCCGGCCGCAUUGGGAACAGGUGAAAGUGACAACCAAAUUUCGUAUAGCAGAAAGCGCGAAUUCGCGAAGAACGCUCGCGGAAAAUCGGUUAAAAAGUCCAAGGAGUGGAUAUUGCAGAAAAAAGAGCGCCGAAGACAGCAACAGAAAGAAACCCGAAACGACUCCAAAUAUACUGCUCGCAAGAGGAGUGGAAGAUUUUAGGGGCUGCAAAUUGUGCCCAAGAAUCUUUAUAAAAACAUCCUUAUAUUUA